GUAAGCUUGACGUGUCACACAGCCUGACUUGUGCAACUUGAAACUCGAGAUCCAAGCAAUCCAGCUUCCAUAGCAUAUACAGCAGCCAUGGAUCCGGCAGACAUUCCACUACCAGCUUUUCUAAACCCCCUGCUUGACUUCCUCGCCGACCAGCUUCCCCCACCUCUGUAUUCAUUUCUGCUCUCAUUUCUCUCGCACUCGCUUGCAUUAUUCACAGCACUUCUUUCACUAAUCUCAUCCCUAAUCUCAUCCAAACCGUGGCAAUGGGACGCACAAACCAUUCUUCCCCCUCUUAUCAGCUUUUUUGCUGCAUAUCUCGCACUAGUCAGCCUAUACAGGACCACCAGUUGGAUGGUUAGAACCAGUAUCUGGUUCAUCAAGUGGGGAACUAUCUUUGGAGCGCUCACUGCAGGGCUAGGGUGGUACAUGGGGCAGAACGCGGGUGUUGGAAGCACAAGCAUCGUCUCUAGCUUAGCUGGACUCGUCUCGGAUGUGCUUAAUGGACAACCCCAAUCCAAUCCCAGCACUCAGCGUUCAUCGCAGUCAUCUAAGACGCGUGCGCAACGCAAGUCAAAUGACCGUCCCAGAUCGUGGGAGUCCUUUGAGAAGCACAAGCAAUGGCAGUAUCAGGAACGCGACGGGAAUCAGGAAGGGAAUGAUGCCCAGAAGAUUAUGUCAAACAUUGCCAAGGCUGUCAAUCGCUUACUAGCGGAAGGUGGAUGGUGGGACGUAGCCCAGGGGAUUUUUGACGGGCCGACUUCCGAGGAUAAAGGCACUACUAGUAGUGACGACAGCACAGGGAAGAAGAGUAGGAGUCGGUGAUACUUUUUCGAGCGCAGGCAUACUUAUUAUAU